GCGGUCAAGUUGCGACUACUAUAUGUACAUAUAGUAAGGAAUUCGUUAUGUUUACUUAAACGUACACCUACAUUGUUUGCAGGUCGUUGAAGUAUUUUAUAUACAUGCAAGACGUAUACACGAAUAUCGCGAUCGAUAAAGCAUUUUUUCACCACGCCAAGCCUUUAGAAUAUGAUAAGAGGAGUAAAUUUAAUAUACUAGUAUCAAAUAUUUUAUGUUGUAAGCUUUUCAUAUCUCGUUCAAUAAAUAUCCACUCAAGUAUAAUUACGCAAAUAAAAAAAGAAACGUGUUACAACAUAUUGAGAUAAGUGUUUGUACAUAACAUUUACAUGUGAACAUUUCAGUCGCGGGCAAAAUGGAAGCAAGAUUGAUCAUUUUUCUUAUGGUCGUAUCAUUUGUUGUUAUUUCAAGUGCAUUUUCCUGUGGACCAGGUGGAAUAUGCUUUUGUGAGGCGUAUUGCCAGAUGGAUUGUUCCAAAACAAAGUUACCAAUAUUGAAAGUAUGUGGAUUUAUAAGAAACUCAUCUAUUUACAAUGUUUCAGUCCUGCAUCUGGAGCUGAACGACUAUCAAAUCAUUAAAGAGUUUGACCUACAAGGAUGUGAUGAACUGAAUGAGUUGUAUCUGGGACAAAAUGAAAUAAGUCAUAUAGAAAACGGUUCGUUUGCCAUAUUUGAUCGUCUUGAGCUACUUGAUAUUAACAACAACAGUUUGGCUAUAUAUGAUGGAACACUUAAACAAGGUUUUAAAUUUCCGCUAACAACAAAGACACUUAAACUGAAUGGAAAUUCGAAAGCAGAUACAAGCGGACAAGCAUCAUAUCCGGAUAUAUCUUAUUUAAGUAACCUUGAAGUUUUGUACAUGGAUGGACUGAAUGACAAAAUAUUUUCAGAGUACUAUCGCAUGUAUAAGACAUUACAAAAAUUAGUUCUGUCUGGAUUGAACGGAAAUUGUAACAUCACUGUUAUAACAAACUCUACAUUGCAAAACCUUCCGCAUGUGAAAAUAUUCAAUAUGUCUUCUUGUAACAUAGAAAACAUAUACGCCGGGGCUUUUAAAGGCGUUCCAAACGUAGAAGUAUUAGAUUUAUCUAAGAAUUUACGCCUUGGAUUUCGAAUGUUGAGAAAUAUUUCAUAUAGCUUACAGUUUACUAGAAUCAAAUCGUUAAACUACUCUAAAGUUUAUAAUACGUUUGGUAUUGGAACACAGUUUAAACAGCGUGAUGUUUGUUACCUUUGGAAUACAACAUUGAAUGAACUUGUGUUGAACAGUAACCGAAUUCAGUUAGCUGAAACAAAUUCGUUGAUACUUAUUCCAAAAUCUUUAAAAAUCCUACACGUAGAAGACAAUAUAUUUACGUUUGCACCUUAUCUACUACAAUUGGUGUGUAUGGGUAAUUUGAGGGAAGUGUAUGCUAGUGAUCAAAAUAGCGCUCAUAACCCUCUUUUGUAUGAAAAGGAACCCAUUGAAAACUACAGCGAAAUUAUGAGAUACGAUUCUGAUUGUCCGUAUAUGCAAACUGAGUUCUUACGAAAUAUUAGCAAAGGCACAGAACACUGUCCUUAUUUUGAAAAUAACGAUAUACAUGUGUUCAUAAACUACCCACAUUUUCCAAAGAGCUUAAAAAUAGUGGAAUUUGCUCGUAGUAAUAUGAAAUAUAAUAUUACAACAUUUCAAGUUUUGCCAAUGAAUAACACGGUUGAACACUUGGAUUUUUCUGACAAUAUCAUUUAUGCAUGGAUAGGGCCGAUAGGACCAUUCCCAAAACUGAAAUAUCUGUAUUUAUCUCGAAAUUAUUGUUCACAUAUUGGAGUUGGGUUUUUUAAUAACUUUACAGCUGUUGAAAAUCUCCAGCUUGACGAAAAUUUCCUUGGAUUAGUUCUUUCAAAUGAGCACUAUGGUCCCCUGAUAUUUGAAGGGUUAUCGAAUGUAAAAGUUUUGAACUUGUCAUCAAAUAUCAUAUCGUACUUACCAUCAACAGUAUUUACAAACAUGUCGAAGCUAGAAACAUUAGAUUUAAGUGUGAACAGCAUCGAAACUUGGAUUAUUGAUGUAAAUACAUUAAACAGUUUGGUGCAUAUAAACCUGAAAUUUAAUUCUUUUCACGCGCUCCCUACAGUACUUACAAACAAACUGGAAUCAAACGCUAAACUGAUGGAUAAAAUGUUCACAAUUGAUCUUAGGAACAAUUCAUUUACAACAAAUUGUGACGAAAAAGAGUUUUUAGAAUGGAUGGUCAAACAUAGAGAUAAUAUGCUUUACUUUCAAGAUUACAUAUUCCGCAACAAAACAGGCGCGAAACUCUCAGUUGAGCAAUUUGUUGAAGCCGUUAAUAAACUUGAUACAGAAUGUCGCUGGUACACAGCUGUAAUUGUUUUUAGUUCAAUCGGCGUCUCAGUAUUUCUUUCAAUUGUUGUUGGAGGUAUCAUCUACAAGAACCGGUGGAAAUUAAGAUAUUUAAUGAGGAUUACUAAAAUCAGACAAUUUGGCUAUAACAGACUUAAUAAUGAUCCAGAUGAAGAUUUUACAUAUGAUGCGUUCAUAUCUUAUGCAAAUGAAAAUCUACGUUUUAUUCUGGACAAGAUUAUUCCACAUCUCGAGGAACAAGAAAUAAAGUUGUGUUUACACGAUAGAGACUUUUUACCUGGAAACAAUAUUGCAGACAAUAUCCUUGAAGCGAUUAGGAACAGCCGAAAAACUGUUGUAAUUUUGUCGAAUGAAUUCUUGAAAAGCAAAUGGUGCUUAUAUGAGUUUAAUAUGGCUAGGAUGGAAAGUAUUUAUUCUCGAGGGGGUGAAAAUUGUCUUGUAGUUGUUAUGUAUGAAGACGUCCCAACAAGAAAUAUGACCACUGAAAUGUUGCAAUGGAUAAAAUCCAAUACGUAUAUAGAAUACACGACAGAAGAAGAAGGAGAACUACUUUUUUGGGAUAAUCUCAUGGAAGCGUUUAGGCAAUGAUUUCAUGUAACCCAGAAGUUUCAGUUUCAAGAAAGUUUAUCUUCCGUGUUUGUUUAUUAUUAUUAUUUCACGUGAUCGUAUACAUUUUUUCUUUGUAUUUGAGACCGAUGUUUUAACUACGAUAACGCUCCAACCUAUUAUUAAGUUCUUCAUUGUUCAUUAUGUGCGAUUAUAUAUUUGAUAAAAACGCCGGUUAAACCGGUAUUUUAUAUAUAGACGUCGAAUAAGUAUAUUAAUUGAUUAAAGUUCUGACAUAAAUAACUGACAAACAGAUCUAUCUUCCAUUUAGUCAAACCCCUGUUGCGGACCUAGAUAUGAACGGAUACCACGGAACGUCCGAAAGAGACUCGAAGAUUUGAUGAAGGAAUUCUAAAAUGAAUUGGAUGUUCAUAGUACAAUAGUAAACGGAUGCAUUUACACUUCCACACUUUAUAAGCUAGCUUAAACAAUUACUGAGUAGUGUCUUAGAUGUGUGGGUUCAAUUCCCGGUCAGGGAUGUAGUAUUUUAUUAUGUUACAGUAACGCUUGUUGUCAGCUAUUAAUGUUGUAUUUCUUUUCUAUAGAUGGUGAGAUUUAAGGUUUCUGUGUGUAUUUUUCUACAAAUCACUUUAAAUAGAUUAAUUCUAUUUCUACACUGUCGAACUGAAUUAUUCAAAUAUAAAAAUGAUCAUUCAAAAACCUAGAGUAAAUGUUUUUAUCGGAGUCAUGUGCAAAUCGAAAAAUAUGAGAAAAAGUCUGGACUCAUGUGCAAAUCGAAAAAUAUGAGAAAAAAAGAAAGUUCUAAACGACCGUGAAAAUUGACAUUGGUAGUUCUAAUUUGCCGGAAUCAUGCAAAUUAUAAAUAUUUGUCUUUCAAACUGAACACAGCGUGCUUAUUCAACAUCUUCCCGCCGUUCUUUGAACUGUUUUAUGUAAAAAAAAAACAACAAGUUUUAAGGUUUCGAUUAUCUAACCUGAAUUUCCCGAUACUGCUUAAGUUUCCUACCGGCAUUUAUUGAAUCGCGCCUCCCUAUCAGCUAUAAUGAGAUCAUUGCCACAUUUUCAUAUCAGCUGAAUUGUUUAUCAACUGUAUUCGAAACUCACAAUCAGUGCUUCAGUUUCUUACCACCUCCUCUUUACGAAUCAGCUGUUAUCGAAUUUCAACGCCGGUGCUUCGGUUAUCUGCUAGCUACUAACGAAUGCUUUUUUUCCUAUCAGCUCUGUUCGAAUCUCGCCACCAAUGCUUUUGUGUCCUAGCAACUGUUUUAGAAUCUCAACGUCAAUGUUUGUUACCUAUCAGCUGUACUCGAAUCUCAACGUCUAUACUGUAAAUCCGGUAUUAUUCGCGGUGUUUUAAUUUUCGCUAUUUUUCGCGAAAUGGGUGCAUCGCGAAUUCAUAAAUUCGCGUAGAUUUCCUUCCAUAACAUACAGACAUACCCGAAAGAAAAUGUCCGAAAUAUGGUCAUUUUCAGCAAUUAAUACUAGCCGCCUGUACACGAUGCUUAUUAAAAGAACUUCAAUUUAUUGCAAUAUGUAAUGAAUAAAUAUAAUAAAAAUCAUCGAAAUUACAUUUCAUGUAGAAUAUACUGCUUAAAGACAGAAUUAACGCUAAGGUCUAGAGGUUGGAUUUACAUGUAGCUGACAGGGAUAUAUAUAUACAAAAUAAUAUCCUGGUCAAGGCACUGGAAAUUUCUAAGAUACUCUCCAAGAGGCCUGUACUGGUUCUUUCCAGUAAAGACGGCUUCGCGUGUAUCGGUGCUAUACACCGGGCACGUUAAAGAACCAGACUGUCUUUUCGCAAAGAGCUAGGCUAAGUUCGCCGGACGGCUUGUAUCUAAAAGGAUUUCUCUCUAU